AUGGAUUUUACACUUUUAGUGGCAAUUAAGAGAAAUGACAUGCCCACAUUUAGCCGGUUAGUCAAGAAAAACAAAGGAAUUCUCGAGCAGAGAGAAGCUCAUACUUGGAACACACCAUUACACCUUGUGUCAAAGUUUGGUCAUGCUGACAUGGUGUCUGAAAUUGUCACGUCACGCCCUGAUAUGGUUGCUGCUGAGAAUAAGGGCCUGGAGACUCCUGUCCAUGAAGCUUGUCGAACAGGGAAUGCCGAGAUCUUGAAGCUGUUGCUAAAUGCCAAUCCUGGCGCAGCUCAUAAGCUUAACAACGAAAGGAAGAGUGCCCUUUUCUUGGCUUGUAGCUAUGGCCAUGUUCAUGCGGUGAAUGUCCUACUGAAUGAGCCUGGGAUGCUGGAUUUGAUUGAAGAUGGGAUUGAUCAAACUUGCAUCCAUGCAGCUGUGUCUGAUGGACACAUGAAUGUUGUUAGAGAGUUGUUAAAUGUUUGUCCUGGCCUUGCAAGUAGGAUUGAUGAGAAUGGAAACUUGCCAUUGCACUCUGCAUCUGAAAAAGGACACAGGGAGAUCACCUGGGCGCUUUUAAGGCUUGAUCCAAAACUUGCUCAGCAAUACAAUAACAAUGGUUACACACCGUUGCACUUGGCAACAAUAAAUUACAGAGCUUCAGUGAUUGAAGGAUUUGUCUUCAUGGCGCCAGCAUCUUUUCAUUUAGCCACCAAAGAUGGAGAGACAGUGUUUCACUUGGCUGUGAAAUUUGGCCAAUAUGAUGCUUUAGUUUUCUUGAUCCUUGUCUGCAACGGUAUGAAUCUCUUUCGUUGUCGAGAUCGUUAUGGAAACACCAUAUUACAUCAUGCAGUUUCUGGAGAACAACAUCAGAUAUCAGAGUACAUCCUCAACAAAACACGAGUGGAGAUCAACUCUCGAAAUUCCAGAGGACUCACAGCACUUGACAUUCUUGACCAGGCCAAGGACAGUCCAGAAAAUCGCCAUCUUGCAGCCAUAUUCAUGAAAGCAGGAGGUAAAAGGAGCACUGAGUUGUUAUCUCAAACAGAAAAUGCUGGUAGAGUCAGUGUAGUGACUCUCCUUGAUAACAUGCCAAAAAGAGCCCAAUUUGUUAAAAAGCAUGAGUUGCAGGUGACCGCUAAAAAUCAUGAAAUAGGUUCUUCCCCUGCAUCCAAUACCCCAUCUACUUUUUCAUCACUGAUGUCUAGAAACUCAUCUAGUUUUCCAUCACCUCAUUCUAGCCUGUCAUCGCCUAAUCUGCCAUCACCCCAGACUAACAUCCCAUCACCUCAACAUCCAGUAAGGGAGGUGUUUGACAAUAAUACAACCAUGGUGACACAACACAAGCCUCCUAGUGACAAUGACCCCCGAAGGAAGCAGCAGAAGGCACAUAGAGAAGCAUUACAAAAUGCCAGGAGUACUAUAAUACUAGUUGCCAGUUUGAUUGCCACAGUUACAUUUGCUGCUGGUAUCAACCCCCCGGGUGGUGUUUAUCAGGAGGGACUAAUGAAAGGGAAGUCAAUUGCAGGCAAAACAACAGCUUUCAAGUUAUUUGCAAUAAGCAAUCAUGUUGCACUGUUCACAUCACUCUCCAUAGUCGUUGUUGUUGUCAGUAUCAUCCCCUAUCAGAGAAAGCCAUUGAUACGACUACUGGUGGUUGCUCACAAGGUGAUGUGGGUAGCUGUUGCAUUCAUGGCUACAAGUUAUGUUACAGCAACAUGGGUGAUCUUGCCACAUAGUGAGCGUACAGAACUGGUGUUUGUAGCUUUAUUGGCUGUGAGCAUUGGUAGUCUGGGAACUGCUUUUAUUGGUCUUAGUGUGAUGCUAGUUAAUCAUUGGCUGAGGAAAUCGAAGUGGAGAAAGGAAAGAAGAGAAAGCGGAGAAGCUAAUGCAGACAUUGAAAUGGGAAGCCAAAAUUCAGACAUGGAAAGCACAUACAAUCAGGGAUAUUACUCAUACUGA